CCCGCACCGCCGAUUCCAACAACCUACGGGAAAAUGGCUGGAUUUGUAAGUCCUACCGAACUCCAGUCGAGCUGUUCUGAGAGCCUUUGUUUGUUGACACUGGGAUUACCUCCAGGCAACUGCAAUCCUAGGUUUGCAAACAACUAUGAAUCUCCAACAUUAUUCUUAUAAUGAUUAUUUAAGCGAACACAAUCUCAAGAACUAAUCUAUGCGAGUGAAGGAUUCCGGCACUGGUACGCACGGCAAACACGGAUCUAAAUCGGGGCAAAAAAUGUGAGUGUUCUCGAGAGCUUGAAAGCGGUGAUUUCUAUUUGUUUAUUUCUAAUCACUGUAGCGAGGAGGCAGUCUACUCCUGCGAGAAAGGAAAGGGCAGGUCGUCUUGCGACUUUUUCAUCUGGGUCGAAGAGGCUCAGAUGGCGGAGGCCGCAAAAGGUUACAGCGUUGACGGGGGCAAGGCUCGUGUACUCCGUGGAACAGAAAUUGCGGUUGCAGCAGUUGCAGCCGUAACGACUCCAAAACCUCUGAAGCAAUCACUACUGCCAUGGCAUACCCCACCCUCAAAAGAUACGGUCUCCAGUCGAACCAGGUCCAGCACCUGCUACGCCACAACAGCCGCCACUUCCGUGUCUCCACCCAAAGCCCUAGCCCCACCACAUUCCCCCUCUCCGGCUACCGGUAAGCGCCGGCGUGGGUCGUCGCCCUCCAGUGAAGUGUCAGAACAAAAGCCCAGCCCCCACAAACAACGCAGGCCAAACCGAGUGACGAAAAACCCCUAUUCCACCAAUCAUCCCUCCAGGACCUCCACCCCCAAACCCCCUCCUUCUUCCACUCUUUCCUCCCGAAAGGCGGCAGCGGUCACCACCGGAACAUGGGACCGCCGCUCCAUAGUCCCGCCCCCCAGCGAGACGGACGCAGACGAAUCUAGCAGUGAUAAUGAUGCCACAGUCACGCUUCCGUUCUCACCAAAUCAUCCGCGCCCCCGCCGGCGGCUCUUCAACUCAAAUUGCAGACCAACCACCCCGCCGAGAACUACAAAUACGAGGGCCGCUUCACGGACGCCGGGGUCCCGGACCGGUUCGUUUUACAGUGGUGUCCUUAGCAGUCCCGCUCGCGGGGUCCAGCUCGACGUGCGAAUGGCGGUGUUCGAGCUUGUUCACGCUGAGGGGAUCGACUUGAAAGGGACCGGGGAUAGACUUUGGGAUAUACUGGAGAGAGAGGUCAAGCAGAAGGAGGGUGUGUGUAAAGGGUAUGGAUUGAUCUACGGCCACAGAAGUUUUUCGACUAACUGGGGUGUGUGAGGGGUUUUUCAGGAGAGAGAUUGCUAGAACAGCGCAUCGGAGGGCCAUGGAUAUGAUUACAGGAUUGAAUCGUCGUAUUGCAGAGCUAGAGAAGGAGAGGGAUGAAGCCAAGGCUGCAAAUGUGAAGUCUAAAGUUGCAAUUGAGGAGUUGGAAACCAGGCUCGGUAGGUAGUUGAUUGUGUGUUGCCCUCCUUACAGAGGGGGCUUUAUUCAAUGAUGCUGACAUUGUCGGUAGAUAAUGCGGAUUUGGAAUCUCGGGCCUCGAGUUAUUGGUGCUAGGUUGUGGCCCAGAGAUCUGCGUAGCAGUGUAACAUUGGGGUUUAUUGAGUUUUGGUACUGGCCACUGCGAGUUCUUAUAUAGCUUAUCUUUGGAGCUUGUUGUGUUAUGUUAUUUUGAGGUUAAUUAAGGAUGGGAUGUGUGUCGCUUUCCUUGGGGAAAAGGUGUGGGUGGUGAGAGUAUUACUAAAGAUGUGGGAAGGGAAUCGAGGGGCGCCUUAAAUUAUUGCCUGUGCUCGUUGUAUCUGUGAGUGCAGAAGAUAAAAAAAAUCCCAUGCUCCUUAUUUGUUUGCCAAGGUCAAUGAUAGGAACUGUGGGUUAUUGUUCCUGCCAUUCACUAGGGGCAUGUCGAGGAUAUUUCCGAGGUUCUUUUAUAGGGAGUAACUGGUCGCUUCGCAGGGAGAUUGGCCCCACACAGUCUGUUUCCUUGAUGGUUUAUUAUAGUUGUUGUAACGGAUUGCGAUUAGGGAAGGUCACCAGACACUCCAAAAGAGAGUGAUAUGGGAUGACGUGAUGUUUGGGCAAUUGCAGUGUCGGGCAUCUCAAAUAAUUGGACCGUAUGCUAUGCCGUUCGAGUUGCCUCUCUUAGUAGGGUCUAGUGUCUUUUCUUGUAUUGUUUGUCCCGGAAAGCAGGUUUUUCGGUGUUAUUCGCCCCUUUUACGGAAAGGAGAUUUUUUGGAUAAC